CUAAAACAUAAUACAGUGCAAACAAACCAAACCAAACCACCCACAGAUAACAGUACAUACAAGCAAGCGUCGUCAGGCAGGCCGGGUCAAUAUCAAUUGGGCAGGUAGGUACAGGGGGAGCAAGCGGAGAAUGGUCGGGGUCACAGGCCAGGUUCAGCAGGUAGCAAGCAGCAUAGUACAGAGGGUCAGGCAGAGGGAUGGUCCGGGUCACAAGCCAGGGAUCAGAACAGGUAGCAAGCAGCACAGGAUCAGAGCAGGAGAAGUCAGCAAAGGAACAGAAACAGGAUGCAGGACAGAUACAGGGCCCAGGACAAACACAACACCAAGGCAGAGUCUGUGGGUCUGGCCA